UUUUUUUUUUUUUUUUUUUUUUUUUUAUAAUUAUUUUUAUUCAAAUAUUGAAUAAUUUUUAUUAUAAUAUUAACGUCGGUUCGGUUUGGUGUAAAAAUUAUGCUGAAAUCAGCAAAACCAUUAUCUAGUGGUGUAGUUCGAUAUUUAACCCAUUCGACCUAUGCGAUGAAAGAAGCAUCAAAUAAUAAAAAUCAAAAAGUGUUCACUUUCGAUUUAAAAUUUGCUAUUAAACAAUACGAUUCAAAUUACGAGCAAAUAAAACCGUUGAUGACGAUAACCAACGAUACGAGUAAAUAUACAGAAUCUGUUAUUGUAUUUCCUGGAUUUGAAGGACGAAUCGCUGGUGUAGAACCUUUGAUAAAAAAUUUAAAAAGGACUGUGCAUUGUAUGCAAUAUCCGUUCGAAAAAUCCAAGAAUAAUAUUUCUGAAAUUACAGACUCUGUUUUAAAUGUUUUACAAUCGAAUGGUUUAUUAGAUAAAGAAAAAAUAAACGUAUUAGGUCAUUCUUACGGUGGUAUAAUUGCCGUCGAAUUAAUCAGAAGACUCGAAAAAGAAGGUAAAAGAAUCCGACUUUGUUUAACCGACAGUUCACCUUACGCGAUGAAAAUGAUGACCAAUCGAUCUUUCGGCGAUGUUCACCAGAUCGACGAGUUCGAAAAGAAAUUGAUUCUGAAUAUAGCGAAUUGCGUAGAAUUUCGAGAUAAAAAUAUGCUGGAAGAACUAUUGAAACCGUACGUACACUGGCAGGAUAAAAUGAACAUCGCGAUUCCACUGAUUUCUGAAAAAACCAACUAUAACGUCGAUCAUUUGAAAACAAUCGCUGACAGUUCGCAUAAAGUUCUACAAGCCAUUCAUUAUUACAACGAAUGCGAUGUGAGACUAAACGCUGAAACUACUCUGAUCCGAUCUUCCAUUCAAGUUUUACCUUUUCCGAACGAUUUCAAACUUGCCAAAAUUUGCAAACAACCGGUUAGAGAAUUUCGUACCGAUGGCCAUCACAUGAAUAUGUUGAAAUUUUCACGAACUGCUGAUCUGAUAAACGAAGCCUUUGAUGGAAAAGUAGAAUGAAACUGGUUAUUGGACUCUCAUUAUCAUGUAGUUCGUGUUCAAUGUGAAUUAAUUCUGAAUUAAAACUCUGAAGAAUUUA